AUGGGUGGAUCAGUUUCGAAAGCUUUAUUAAGGAUCUUUGGUAACAAAGAAAUGCGCAUACUGAUGUUGGGUCUAGAUGCUGCAGGAAAGACAACCAUUUUAUAUAAAUUAAAGCUUGAUCAAUCAGUGACGACAAUUCCUACCGUCGGUUUUAACGUGGAAACAGUGACAUAUAAAAACGUCAAAUUUAAUGUUUGGGAUGUUGGUGGUCAAGACAAGAUUCGUCCACUUUGGCGUCAUUAUUAUACAGGUACCCAAGGACUUAUAUUUGUAAUUGAUUCACAAGACCGCGACCGAAUAGAUGAAGCGCGCCAAGAGCUACAUCGAAUUAUUUCAGAUCGUGAAAUGAAGGAUUGUUUACUUUUAGUAUUUGCUAAUAAACAAGAUUUACCAGGCGCAAUGUCGCCUGCGGAGGUCACCGAAAAACUUCAUCUGCAUCGUAUGCGUGAUCGAGCUUGGUAUGUUCAUCCGUCCUGCGCGACCACUGGUGAAGGGCUAUUUGAUGGAUUGAACUG